AUGCCGUCGUCAACGACGACGAAGCUUUGGUGGAGGAGUUCGUCCCAAGCGUCGAGUUUAAUACUGUUGUGUUCGCGCUAGUCGUUGAGUUGGCUAGGGUCGAGUUUAUUGACGUCGAAUUGGCCAAAGUCGAGUUGGCGAUGGUGGCAUUGGGUGAACUCGAAUUGGCCAAGCUGGUGUUGCCCGAAAGCGUCGAGUUCGCCAGCGUCGAGUUCGCAAGCGUCGAGUUCAUGCCAGCGCUCGAAUUGGUGGUCAGCGUUGAGUUCACCAAAGUCGAGUUGCUCAAAGUCGAGUUGCUCAAGGUCGAAUCCGGGAUUGUCAAAUUGGCGGAGGUUGAAUCAGAUUCAUUCGUGGAGUUUGCCAGGGUCGAGUUGACCAAGGUGGAAUUGGUCAAGGUCGGGUUGGACAAAGUCGCGUUCCCCGUCGUCGAGUUUGUCAAAGUAGAGUUGGCGAGAGUUGAAUUGUACACCGUCGAGUUGGCUAAGCUGGCAUCACCGGCGAGCGUCGAAUUGUCAAGUGUCGAAUUGCCAAGCGUCGAGUUCGUGACGGUUGAAUUGUACGAGGUCGAGUUGGUCAGGCUCGAAUUGUCCGCAAGCGUGGAAUUAGACAGCGUUGAAUCGCCCAUGGUCGAAUUGAGGUCGAAUGUCGAGUUCGUCAAAGUCGAGUUGGCCGAAGUCAAAUUGCCAAGCGUCGAGUUCGCCAGAGUUGAGUUGUCAAGAGUCGAGUUGGCCAGGGUCGAGUUGGUAAGGGUUGAGUCACUGAACGUCGAGUUACUGAAAGUGGAGUUCGAGAAUGUCGAAUUGCCUGCAGUCGUAUAUCACAUUGUCAGAGCCAGUCUCAAACCAGUUUAG